AUGCGAAUAAAAUGUGUUAACACUUAUCCUAAUGUAGUUUGAAAUAAGAGGGGUGCAGCUUUUAACAUUGCGCUCGCUACUGAAAACCCCUCCAUAUUUUAUGAAGUUCACUUCUAGAUCGGACAAGUUGUUCGGCAGUCAAAUUCGUUACUGGGGGCAUAGUACAAAUUCUUAAACCGAAUUUAAAGUACAUUUUAAUUCACUGCAACACUAGGACAUAGGUUAAACAUAAACAAAAACACUAGCAUACCAAGACAAAACUAUACGAGUAUAGCAGGCAGAUAUAACUCUCAUUACUUGAUACUUCACUGUAAGUUUCAAACUCAUUAAUAAUACAAAUGUUCUAUUUGCACAAUAUGUGAUUAUUCCAGCUAAUACGAGUACGACCAUGAGGCAGUAUAGCCGAACUCGGAAGCAAUAUCAACAGUUAAGAGUUAGCCGAACUCGGAAGCAAUAUCAACAGUUAAGAGUCACACCCUCAAGGUAGAUCCUCAGUUUGACUAGCUACCAAGUGUAGUCUAAAAAUCCACCGGGGCAACGAAGUGUGAAGCGAUCAGAUUUUUAUAGAAAGUUUACUUUAGGAUAACAUAUUUUGUUUAUAAAUGUAUUUUUUAGACGGAAGUGAUGUUGAAGGAAGUGAAAAUUGAUCCCUAAUAUUGGGAUUGAGUCACAUAGUUGAAUUAUUGGGCAAUACAUAACAGUUUAGGAUUUACACUCUAAUGCUUGAUGAAAGUUUGGUUCCCAGUAUACCACUGCUGCACUUUCAACAUUAUAGAGUUCCUUCCUAUUGCUAAGCCCAAAAUAAGCAUCACAGUAGAGAAAGAAAGAUGAGAUAAAAAGAAAGAGGGUGAUGAUGAUAAACAAAUAAGAGACAAAUGGUAAGUUUAUGUCUACACAGAAUAAAAUUAUUUAUUUAUUUAUCAGUUUAAGCAUUGAGAUGAAAAAAUAAAGACAUAUGGGUACUAGUAUCACCUUUAUUUAUACUACCAUAAAAUUUUCCAAAUUUGAUUAUGGUUCUAUUGAUAUUUAUUUUGAUUGACAAUCUUAAAUUGUUAUAAUUUUGAGGACAAAAAAAUAAACAAUGAUAUAUUCUUUGUUUAAUAUACAUAGAAGAAAGAGUUUGAAUAUCAUCAUCACACUGAAAAACUGUCUAAAAGAAAAAGAUUGGUUCAACACUACUCCAUAUGCCACCUCAUGCACAUCAUAGCAUUUCCCAUCAUAGGCCAUAACCAAAGCAUAAAUGUAAAAAGCUUCAAUCAUCACCCCCACACUCACUCUCUCUCUCUCUCUCUCUCUCUCCACCUUUAAAUUCCUCACUUUACUCUCUUUGUCACAACCAGAAGAAGAAGAAAACAAAUAGGUUGAAGAACUUCAAGUACAAGAGUUAUGGAACCAUAUCACUAGCCUAAAAACUCAGGCCACAGACAAUACUACUAUUUGGAUUCAUAUGAUCCACUAUUCCUAAACUAGUACUACAUCACAUAGUUUUCAAUCUCAACCAUUGAUAAAGAUCGUUUGAAACUAAUUUUGUUAUUUGGUAAUCUUCGAUCUCAAGAUUAACAGUCAAUAUUGUUUAUCGCAUAUAAAUGUGAGUUUUUUCUACGCAAUGUCAACGUAGUUAAGACUACGUUAACCACACUUCGACUAAUCCUCCACAAUAUUAAAGAUCACAACGCAAGUGUGGCGCAACUGCAAGCAUUAUUGAAAACAUGUUUGGUUUAUUGGACCCACCAAACAUUUUCUAUCAAGUCCAAGAAAAUGGAAAUAGCAAUGUUCAUGAAAACCUCUUCUAAACACUUUCCUAAAUUCUAUCCAUCAAUCUAACAAUGCAAGAUCAAUUCAUCAUCCUAUCUUUGUUUCUUGUUCUUUUUGGUCCACUCCAAGUGAUCUCACAAAACCAACCUUUCAAUGAAGAUAUGCUAGGGUUGAUUGUGUUCAAAGCAGGUCUAGAAGAUCCGAAAAACAAACUUUCUUCUUGGAAUGAAGAUGAUUAUAGUCCUUGCAAUUGGGAAGGUGUUAAAUGUGAUCCUUCAACAAAUAGGGUAUCUUCUCUUGUUCUUGAUGGAUUCUCUCUUUCAGGACAUAUUGGUAAAAGCCUUAUGAGAUUACAGUUCCUUCAAAUUCUUUCACUUUCUCGGAACAACUUCACGGGGAGAAUAAACCAUGAUCUUCUUAUUACACUUUGGAAUCUAAAAGUUGUUGAUUUGAGUGAAAACAAUCUCGUUGGAACAAUUCCGGAUGAACUUUUUAAACAAUGUUGGUCUCUUAGAGUUUUAUCGUUCGCGAAAAACAAUCUCACGGGUACGAUUCCUGACUCUUUGAGUUCAUGCUACUCGUUAGCAAGUUUGAACUUUUCUUCUAAUCAACUGAAAGGUGAAUUACAUUAUGGAAUGUGGUUUCUGAAGGAACUUCAAUCGCUUGAUCUCUCGAAUAACUUUCUUGAAGGAGAGAUUCCGGAAGGAAUUCAAAAUCUAUAUGAUUUGAGAGAGUUAAGGCUAGGGAGGAAUUUUUUCAUUGGUAAGAUUCCCGAGAGCAUAGGAAACUGUUUGCUUUUGAAGUUGAUUGAUUUCAGUGAUAAUCUUCUUACUGAUGUAAUUCCAGAGUCGAUACAAAGACUCGCCUCAUGCACAUUACUAAGUUUGCAAGGGAAUUAUUUCAAUGGGAGCAUUCCACAUUGGAUUGGUGAAUUGAACAAUUUAGAGAUAUUGAAACUUUCUUCUAAUAGAUUUUAUGGUCAAAUUCCAUUUGGCAUUGGUGGUCUUAGAAGUUUGCAAGUUUUGAAUUUUUCUGCAAACAAUAUUUCGGGUUCUAUUCCAGUGAGUAUAAGAGAGCUUAAAUCUUUGUAUACUCUUGAUCUAAGUGAUAACAAGCUUAAUGGAAGCAUUCCUUAUGAAAUAGAAGGAGCAAUUUCACUUAGUGAGUUGAGGCUACAAAGGAAUUUCUUAGGUGGAAGAAUUCCAGUCCAAAUUGGAAAAUGUUCAGAACUAACAUCUUUGAAUCUUGCACACAACAAGCUUAUUGGUUCAAUCCCUACAUCAAUUGCAGACCUAACAAAUCUUCAAUAUGCAGAUUUAUCAUAUAAUAAACUCUCUGGAACAUUACCUAAAAACCUCACAAAUCUUACACAUCUUUUCUCAUUCAAUGUUUCCUAUAACAAUCUUAAAGGUGAAUUACCAAUUGGUGGAUUCUUCAACACAAUCACUCCUUCAUUUGUUCAUGGAAAUCCUUUAUUAUGUGGUUCUCUUGUUAAUCACUCGUGCGAUCAAUCUUAUCAUCCAAAACCUAUUGUUUUAAACCCUAAUUCAAAUUACAACAAUUCAAGAUCUUCCUUAAAAAACCAUCAUCAUAAGAUAAUGCUAAGUGUUUCGGUCUUUAUUGCUAUCGGUGCAGCUAUUUCUAUUGUUGUCGGUAUUGUUGCUGUUACUAUUUUAAAUAUUCAUGUUAGGUCUUCAAUUUCACAUUCUGGUGGUGAGGAAUUUAGUUUUUCGCCUGAAAAAGAUCCGAAAUGCGGACAACUUGUGAUGUUUAAUGGUGAUAUUAUUGAGUUUGCCGAUGAGGCAAAUGAUCUUCUUAAAGAAGGUAAUGAAAUCGGUCGCGGUGGAUUUGGAAUUGUAUAUUGUGUUGUCCUUCGCGAUCGGAAGUUUGUUGCAAUUAAGAAGCUUAUAGGUUCAAGUUUGACAAAGUCACAAGAAGAUUUUGAGAGUGAGGUUCAAAAGCUUGGAAAAAUUAGGCAUCAAAAUGUUGUGGCACUUGAAGGGUAUUAUUGGAAUCCAUCUUUUCAGCUUAUUAUCUAUGAGCACUUUUCUAGAGGAAGUUUGCAUAAGCUUCUACAUGAUGAUCAAAGCAAAAUUGUGUUUUCUUGGAGAGCAAGAUUCAAGGUUAUUUUAGGAAUUGCAAAAGGGUUGGCCUAUUUACAUGAAAUGGACAUAAUCCAUUAUAAUAUGAAAUCUACUAAUGUUUUCAUUGAUGUUUGUGAUGAACCUAAAAUAGGAGAUUUUGGUUUGGUGAAUCUUUUACCAAUGCUAGACCAUUGUGUUUUGAGCAGCAAAAUUCAAAGUGCACUCGGAUACACGGCUCCUGAAUUCGCUUGCCGCACGGUUAACAUAACCGAAAAAUGCGACAUAUAUGGUUUUGGAAUAUUGGUUCUUGAAAUUGUGAGUGGAAAAAGACCUGUGGAAUAUAUGGAGGAUGAUGUUAUUGUUCUAUGUGACAUGGUGAGGAGUGAAUUGGGGGAUGGAAAAGUCGAGCAAUGCAUUGAUGAGAAGCUCAUUGGUAAAUUUUCGCUCGAGGAAGUGACUCCUGUGAUAAAAUUGGGACUGGUUUGUGCAUCACAAGUACCGUCGAAUCGUCCCGAUAUGGCGGAGGUUGUUAACAUAUUAGAGAUGAUUCAAUGCUCUUCAGAAGGACAACAAGAGGAAUUAAAAUGAAUUUUGAAGUAUAGAGAUUGAAUGUAACACACCAUAUAUUUCAAUAGUUGGUGAAGAAAAAUA